AUGUCCAGCCAACCUCUCCUCCAAACUGCACCGGGCAAACGCAUCGCCCUCCCCGUCCGCGUCGAACCGAAAGUCUUCUUCGCAAACGAACGCACGUUCCUCUCCUGGCUAAACUUCACCGUCAUCCUCGGCGGCCUCGCCGUUGGCCUCCUCAACUUCGGCGACCGCGUGGGCCAGAUCAGCGCUGGACUCUUCACCCUCGUGGCGUUGGCGGCUAUGCUCUAUGCGCUCGUGACUUUCCAUUGGAGGGCGAAGAGUAUUCGGAUGCGAGGGCAGGGAGGGUUUGACGAUAGGUUUGGGCCGACGGUGUUGGCUGUGGCGUUGUUGGCGGCGAUUGUGGUCAAUUUUGUUCUGAGGUUUACUGGGGCUGGUGGGGAUCAUAGGUAA